AUGGGUUGUAUUUUUAAUAAAUAAAAACGAAGUCGAUCAAAAAUACAAUAACAAGAGGAGAAAGUUGAGAUCAUUAAUUCUCAAGCAAACUUCCCCUCCGAGACAAGCAAGCUAUAAGGGGAGUAAAUCUACCAUAUUAAAUAACCUGCAAGUGAGAGUCGCGUAUUUGAACUGCAGGUAGAAUAAUAAAUCAUUUCAAAACCUUUUAUAAUUGACAAUAUUCCUUCACUUGGCAAUGAACCAUUACAAAUUAAGGAAAGCCACGAUGUCAAGAAAGUAGUUUUACCAAAUCCCGAGCCUCAAUCUUAGCUAAAUAAUUAGUAUCAACUACCUCAAGAUGACCUUGAAAAUCCUUUACAAAGUUUCAUUCCAUUAAAUUCCAAAAAAUCAGAAUUUGGAAAUGAAAUGCUAAAUGUUCCUCCUGAAGUCAAUAUACCUUUAAAUUAAUCAGAUAAUGACAUCGAGAAGGCUAUUUAAUAAAAUUACUAGGACAAUUAAGACAUAUUAGAUGAUUAACUGUAAAAGAUGUUGCAAGAAUCUGAGAACGACUUCGCUAUAGAAUAAGCUAAGAGAUAGGAAGAAGAGGAUAAGAUCAAUCAAAUUAUUAUGCAAAGUGAAUUGUAUGAUUAGUCUGAUAACUCCCCAGAUUUUCUGAAUCAGUUAGAACAGCAGUCUUAAAAACUUAAGGAUAUAGUCCAUCCUCUUAAACCAAUAGCUAAUAGGAACUUCGGAGUCGAAUGGGAUUCGAAAGGUUAAAUUAAAUCUGAUACCUCUCAAUAUACUGUAUUUAAAAAGGAAGAAAAAUAGACCCCUCCCUAGCCAAAUGUAACAGAAUAUACAGUAAAAAAGAAGAAGAAAGGUGGUGCUGAACCAACUAGAGGAAAUAUUAAUCCUAAAUUAGAACCAAUAGUUUAAGUUAAAACAGUCUAAUAUCAAGAAAAGAAGAAGCCAGCAUUGCAAGAAUAAAUUAUUUAAGAACUAGGACCUUAUGAUUUCAAUAUCAAGCCUUCCCCAAACACCACUAAUUAAGGUUGGAUAACUCCAUUAAAUCAAUAAGAUGCUGUUGUUGAGGAUUUAUCAAUAGAUCAUAAAAAUAAUAAGAUUGACCUUGAUGAGCUUCAUGCUUUUCUUGAAGAUGGCACACUCUUUUCAAAUGCUCCCAAGAAAUAAUAGUACAAUUACGGUGGUGGUUUAAAUGACAACUAGGGUAAAGGUAAUUAUCAAUAUGGCUAACUAUCUACAAACAUUUUAGACUUUGACUGA